CGCUCCCGCCACCUGAACCCGGAAGUGCGUCUUCCCUCCGCGGGUGUGCGGCUGCGGUAGCACCGGGGUGAGCCGAGCCGAGCCGGCGGCGGGGAGAUGGCGGCGGCCGCGGAGCUACAGGGGAAGUACCAGAAGCUGGCUCAGGAGUACUCCAAGCUUCGAGCUCAGAACCAAGUACUGAAAAAAGGGGUUGUAGAUGAGCAAGCAAACUCUGCUUCUCUGAAGGAGCAACUGAAGAUGAAGGAUCAAUCACUGAGAAAGUUGCAACAAGAAAUGGACAGCUUAACCUUUCGAAAUCAGCAACUUGCCAAGCGGGUGGAGUUACUUCAAGAUGAACUUGCAUUGAGUGAAGCUAGGGGCAAGAAGAACAAGAAAAGUGCAGAAUCUUCAUCUCAGUUGAGUCAAGAGCAGAAAAGUGUCUUCAAUGAAGAUCUUCAGAAGAAGAUAGAAGAGAAUGAACGACUGCAUAUACUUUUCUUUGAAGCAGAUGAACAGCAUAAACGUUUAGAAGCGGAGCUCAGAACUAGACUUGAGGUUUUGGAAACUGAUGCUGCCCAGCACCAAACUGUGGUGGACAGUUUGACAAGGAAAUACACAGAUGCUAUAGAAAAGCUGCAGAACGAUAAAACCAAAUUAGAAAUCAAGUCUCAGACACUAGAAAGAGAAGCUAAGGACUGCAGGCUUCGAACCGAAGAAUGCCAGCAACAGUUAAAGAAUCUUCAAGCAGCUUUGGGCAGUAGACUGGAAGAAUCUCUAUGCAUAAUCAAUGAAAAAGUCCCUUUUAAUGACACAAGAUCUAGACGAUACAAUGCUCUGAAUGUACCAUUACACAACAGAAGAUACCAGCUGAAAUUGCGAGACCUUGCUGGCCAGGCACUAGCUUUUGUUCAAGAACUUGUAACAGCUCUUCUGAACUUCCAUACAUACACUGAGCAGAAGGUCCAGAUCUUUCCCAUUGAUUCUGCAACAGACACUGUAUCACCAUUAAAUCAGAAGUUCUCACAGUAUCUUCAUGAAAAUGCUUCCUAUGUUCGCCCUCUGGAGGAAGGAAUGCUUCACUUGUUUGAGAGCAUCACAGAAGAUACCGUGACAGUCCUGGAAACAGCUGUGAAGUUGAAGGUCUUCUCAGAACACUUAGCUUCCUACUUAGGCUUUUUAAGAAAGAUUCUUCCUUAUCAAUUGAAAAGUUUGGAAGAAGAGUGUGAGUCUUCUCUUUGCACAGCUGCUUUAAGAGCCAGAAAUAUGGAGCUGCAGAGAGACAUGAAAAGGUUGACUGCAGUCUUUGAGAAGCUACAUACAUACGUUAGUCUUCUUGUGUUACCAAGUACAAAACCAGAAGGACUUCUUAGGACAAAUUACAACUUGGUGUUUACAAACAUUGCUGCAAGUCUUCAUGGAUUUCAUGACAUUUUAAAAGAUAUUUCCAAGCACUACAGUCAGAAAGCUGCUUUAGAACAAGAUGUUCCAACUGCCACACAGAAACUCAUAACUACAAAUGACUGUAUUUUAUCCUCUGUUGCUGCUUUAACAAAUGGAGCAGGCAAGAUUGCCUCGUUCUUCAGCAACAACUUGGAUCACUUCACUGUGUCACUGAGCUAUGGCCCUAAAGGAGGAACAGAGUUCAUCAGCCCUCUUUCAGCUGAGUGUAUGCUGCAGUACAAGAAAAAGGCGGUUGCUUACAUGAAGUCUUUAAAGAAGCCUUGUGCAGCUUCAGUGCCUUACGAAGAGGCUUUAGCCAAUCGCAGAGUUCUUCUGAGUUCCACAGAAAGUAGAGAAGGUCUUGCACAACAGGUCCAGCAGAGUUUGGAGAAAAUUGCAAGACUUGAACAAGAAAAAGAACACUGGAUGUUAGAGGCCCAGCUAGCUAAAAUAAAGCUGGAGAAAGAAAACCAAAAACUGAAGGACUCUCUUAGUGGACAUUUAACUGAAACUAUACAAGAGCAUUCUGUUUUGCCAAAUGUAGCUGAACAAAAGAAGGAAACCACAGAAAAGAGUCUGAGGGAACCCAUUAGGAGUACUAGUCUGAUUGGAAUGUUGACUCUAACUACUGAUAAUGAAAAGACUCCAGAUGUUGAGUCUCGUGAAGAUCUGAUAAAAAACCACUAUAUGGCAAGGAUAGCAGAACUUACAUCUCAUCUGCAGCUUGCUGACAGCAAAUCGGUACACUUUCAUGCUGAGUGUCGAGCACUUGCCAAAAGACUGUCUUUAGCAGAGAAAUCCAAGGAAUCACUCACGGAAGAGUUGAAGCUAGCUAGUCAAAACAUCAGUAGAUUACAGGAUGAAUUGAUGACAACAAAGAGAAGCUAUGAAGAUCAGUUAAGUAUGAUGAGUGACCAUCUCUGCAGUAUGAAUGAAACCUUAACUAAACAAAGGGAAGAGAUUGAUACACUAAAGAUGACUAGUAAGGUAGGUUGCCAGGUGGCAAUUUGGCUGCAGUUUGGAGUUCUGUGGGUGGCAUUUGGCAUUCCUGCAGCACUACCCUUUAACAAACCAGGUCACAAGUUGUAGUUCUUAUUCUCAGCCAAUUGGAAAGAAAACUCCAGACCGGGGCCUGCAUAUUUCAGUGAAGAAAAUAUUCUUGCAAAACAUGUAUGUGGAAAAGAACAAACACUUCACGUCACUGCUUCAAAGUAGGCUUUCAAAGUGUACCCUCUGAUGGAAUAUCACACCGUUUUUUUGUUGAUGUGGUGAAAAUGGAACUAUUUACAAAUCCAGCUAGUGAUACCAGAUGCUUAUGAUUAACUUAUUGUUGGAAGUGUCCUUUCUGCCCUCCUUGGGUGCAGCAUACUCUUGUUUUGGCAGCUAUUCUUUUUCUGUUUUAUUUCCAUAUUCUAGCUUGUCUGUCACGUGUAGGAAUGAAAAGUGCCACUUACAUUCUUCUGUGAACUUAAAAUGCACACUGAAGUUCUUUUCCAAGCAGGGAGUCUACCCAUUUAUCAGAAACAAGUUUUUGACUUAUCUCAUUGUUAAUGAUGAAAAACACAGAAGGCUGCUUGUUUGAGCAGUCAUUGAUUAAUCCAUGGUAUAUCUUUAUUCUGACAGUUCUAGGAAGAUGGCUAGGCAGAUGUUGUGAAGACCUCUGUCCUUCACUCAUCUGGCUGUGAAACUAAUAAACUAGCAUUAUACUCCUUAAUUGUGGAAUGUAUGGAAGCAGGUUUCACUGAAGGGUUAAAAAAAUAAUUUAAAAAUCCAUGUUUUGAUUAAAGGUCCCCUGAUGGGAUUUUAAUUUUUUUAGGGUAAACUCUUCCCUCCAUUUAUAAAACUGUUUUUCUUCAGAUAUCUUGAGUGGCUUGACUUGGCAUCGUAAUCUUUAGAACUACUUUUUGUUGUACAAGCUCUUGUGUUUUUAGAGGGAAGCUCUUGGCUGCAUACUGACCAUAGCACUUCAUAUUUUUAUAAGAUGUUUUCUGGACUUUUUCACUUGUCAUACUUUUAAGACUUGAAGUAGUACUCUGUAAAGAGGGAGUUCAGAAUCUCACAACAGUAGAUUCAGAUUUUCAAAUGCUACUAAAUGUAGAAGCUGAUUCAGUUGAAGUCAAAACGAUGCACUUCAAGCCGUUAUCACUUGGAGAGGGUUACUGGUUAGUUUAAAAACAAAUGUUAUCUUCAGGAAAUAGGAAGGCAGAGAAUUGCCAGCAAGUAACUAUUGCACAAAAGUUUAUUUUAAGCUACACACUUGCUUUGUGGAAUUGUUGCAAGUCAAAUGUGAUUUGGUUAGUUGUAGAGCAAAUUCUUUCCUAAAAUAGGAAUAGUCUGUAUAGGCCAAGUUAAAGUUAAAUUUGUUUUGGAACAAAAGGAUAGGGUGGGGAAUUGAUUUUAAUUUGAGGCAAUUAUCCUAUAAGGUUUAUAUUUGACAUAGCGCUUCAGGGUGAAUUAAGAUUUAACUUACCUUCGCUGCCCUUGCAAUAUUAGUGAUGUUAAUGCAAUUCAGUGUCUUGGGAUGUAACUCAAAUGUCUUUUUUUCAACAGAUUUCAAUUGAAGUAAGGUACUGUUGUGCUUAUUUGAAGUAUCUGGUACUUUCCUCUGUUAUGCCUGUAAAGAUAAGCAAGCAGUUACAAGCUUCCAUAAUUAAAAGCCUAUGGACUGUUUAUUUUGAGUUUGGCUGUGCUGCUUUGCUGUAGACAUAAGUUAUCAGACAUCAGGGUUUAUAUUAUCCAUCUAGAUUUUCUUAUCUGAAUUAUGUUCUGUUCACUUGUUUCUUGUUGCAGGGAAAUUCUAAAAAGAACAAAAAUCGAUAGCUUUCAGCUAAUCAACUGUCUUCGGAAGCUGCUGCACAGGAUGCAGAUAGUGAAUGCUCAUUGUCCCAUUCCUGUUUGUUCCAGGAAGCAGAGCGUCGUAUUGGGUCUAGUAAAAACUGAUUUGGUGCUGUAAAUGGCUUUAAAAUAUUUAGAACUUGUAACAAAUCAAACAGAACUUAAUGUUGGCUCUAAACCAGGAAAUACACACUCUGUGGAUAAUUUAUAUAGUAAUUACCUUCAGUUUUCACUGUGCACUUUUUAAAACCAGGUUUUAAUUUCAUGUAAUAACUUCAGAUUUUGUAUAUUUUCAACUAUGAUUAUGCAUUAACAAAUUUGGAUCAGUGCAGUAGUUGUCUAUUUGAGUUUUGUUAAAUUGUCAACGUGUACAUUCCUUGUUAAUAACAGUUUAAAAAUUAGUUUGGAGACUCUUUUGGCCAUGCAAGCUGUGCAGUUACUGUAAAUGUAUUAUUCCUGUUCUCAGCCCUUUUGAAUUAAUUGGAAUUGUGGCUUUAAAUUAUUUCUAUCAACUCACACAAAUAAAUGGGAUCACUAUUUCAUUUUAGACUCCAAUAGUGGAAACUUUUGCUGCUUGUAUUUGGCACUUUGGAUUUUGAAGUAAAGAGCACAAAUAGCUGAAUUGGGAUACUUCUAUGAAAUUGCUUUAGGCCCUUACUUAGGCAUUUUGUUUACAUGUGUAUGUAUAUAUAUUGGUUGAAACAGCUGUUUAAAGCUAGAGGAAAUUGUGAUUGUAAUUUGCCCCAAAAGAGUGAAACAAUGUGUGUGUAGAAUAGAUCAGCUUACUGUGCUCUCUCUUACAGUAAAGAAGAAUAUGAAAUAUGUAGAAGACUUAAACAUUGAAUUUGCAAAAAGCCUUCAUGGAGUUAAGUCCUGAUGGAUUCACUGGGGGGAUGCACAUGGCUUUUCCUGUGUUUUGAGAAGUUUGUGAACUUUAGGCCUCUUCUAAGAUUAUUAUUUCAUUUUUUUAUGUGAAUUCUAAUACCACAAGUUUUCACAGCACUGAUUUUUUUUUUUUUUUUAAUAUUAUUAUUAUUUUUUUUAAUCAGAUGCUGUGCUGCUCCACACUUUACACUGAUCUUCUCUUCCAUAAUUUGCAUUACGGCACUUAUUUGUCCCAUAAGGGUUUACUCUGAUAUCAGUUGUGUCAAUAUGUAUUAUUAGUACGUAAUAAUAAAAUCAACUACAUGAAA